AUGAUCCUUGCCACUAUCAUUGCCAACUGUAUUGUUUUGGCCUUGGAGCAGCACUUGCCUGGAGAAGACAAAACGCCCAUGUCCAAAAGACUGGAGAAGACAGAGCCCUACUUCAUUGGGAUGUUUUGCUUUGAGGCGGGAAUAAAGGUCAUUGCUUUGGGAUUUGUUUUUCACAAAGGCUCCUACCUCAGGAACGGCUGGAACGUCAUGGACUUUAUCGUGGUCUUCAGCGGGAUUCUUGCCGCCACAGGGGCGUACAUGAACAUUUCAGUGGAUCUUCGAACUUUGAGGGCUGUGCGUGUCCUACGGCCGCUCAAGCUGGUUUCAGGAAUCCCCAAGAAUGAGACAGUGGACUCCUCUGAGGUCGACUUCCCGUGCGGAGUUCGCCAGUGUCCCUCCAAAUACAACUGUAGCAAAAACUGGAUUGGCCCCAAUGAUGGGAUCACCCAGUUUGACAACAUCCUGUUCGCAGUGCUCACGGUCUUCCAGUGCAUCACCAUGGAGGGCUGGACAGCUGUGCUAUAUAAUGCGGAUGAUGCUUUGGGCCCCAGCUGGAACUGGCUGUACUUUAUCCCACUGAUCAUCAUCGGCUCCUUCUUUGUACUCAACCUGGUCCUGGGAGUCUUGUCUGGGGAGUUUGCCAAAGAAAGGGAGCGAGUGGAGAACCGGCGCGCCUUCAUGAAGCUGCGGCGACAGCAGCAGAUCGAGAGAGAGCUGAACGGCUACAGAGCCUGGAUCGACAGAGCAGAGGAGGUGAUGCUUGCUGAAGAAAAUAAGAAUCCAGGACCUUCUGCUCUUGAUGUGCUGAAGAGAGCGACCACCAUCAAGAGGAGAGGCCUGGACACAGGGCCUGGAGGGCAGAUGGGGGAGGAACAGUAUGGGGACAUCGCUUCUAUGAACAUACCCGUGACCCGAGGAAGCAUCCGCCGCUCAAAGCGAGGACCAGCGGCAUAUAUCCGCAGAAAAGAGCGCCUCUUGCGCAUUUCCAUUCGUCGUGUUGUAAAAACGCAUACCUUUUACUGGACUGUGUUGGGCCUGGUGGCUCUCAACACACUGUGUGUGGCUAUUGUCCAUCACAAUCAGCCUCUUUGGCUGUCUGACUUUCUCUACUAUGCAGAGUUCCUGUUCCUCGCCCUUUUUCUCACUGAGAUGUUUCUGAAGAUGUACAGUUUGGGACCUCGACUCUAUUUUCACUCUUCCUUCAACUGCUUUGAUUGUAGCGUGAUUGUUGGCAGUAUCUUUGAGGUCCUGUGGGGUUUCUUCAGACCUGGCACUUCCUUUGGCAUCAGUGUCCUGCGUGCACUGCGUCUACUGAGGAUUUUCAAGAUCACUAAGUACUGGGCCUCCCUGCGGAAUCUGGUUGUGUCUCUAAUGAAUUCCAUGAAGUCCAUCAUCUCACUCAUCUUUCUCCUUUUCCUCUUUAUUCUUGUCUUUGCUCUCCUCGGCAUGCAGAUUUUUGGUGGCAGGUUCAUCUUUGAAGACUACACACCAACUAACUUUGACACCUUUCCAGCAGCCAUCAUGACUGUAUUUCAGAUCCUCACUGGAGAAGACUGGAACGAGGUGAUGUACAGUGGCAUUCGCUCUCAAGGGGGAGUGAAGUCAGGCAUGUGGUCCUCCAUCUACUUCAUUGUGCUCACGCUCUUUGGAAACUAUACACUGCUCAAUGUCUUUCUUGCCAUUGCUGUGGACAACCUUGCAAAUGCUCAAGAACUUACCAAGGAUGAAGAAGAAGCAGAGGCCGCAUUUAACCAAAAACAUGCUCUUCAAAAAGCCAAGGAGGUCGGCCCACUGUCUUCUUUCAUGUCUUCAGAGAGAGAGCGCAGGAAGAGGAUGACCAUGUCUGUGUGGGAGCAGAGAACCAGUCAGCUUCGAAGGCACCGGCAAAUGUCCAGCAGAGAAGUCCUCUACAGUAAUCCUGGGGAAGAACGAGACGGCUCUGCACAGAGCCUGCAUGGCCGUCCACAAUCCCUCCAGAAGAAAGUCAUGCAAGACACUCCUCCAAGCAUCAAAAGAUCAAGCGAGUCCCUAGCAUCUCCCUUGAAGAACAAUCCUGAGGUCACUCCUGUGGAUGCUGCUCUGUCCACUGACAACCAAGAUGCUCUGACUGUCCCUGAAGUGUCCACCAGUUUACCUGAGCCGACUGAGUACGAGGGUGGACCAGAGAGACACACAAACAGCACUGUCCAAGAACGAAAAAACAGGCUCAAUGGUGACAGACAACACAGGCCAGUGAAAAAGUUCCGACCACCAGAUAAUUUGGAUGGACUGACUCCAGAGAUGAGAGGCCACGGGAAGUUCAGGGGAAGGAGGUUGCCCCAGCAGCUGAUGGAGGACAGAGAGAAGGGCCCGCAGAGCAAUGAGAGUGUGGGGAUUGGAGAGAGGAGUGAGGAGAAGAAGGAGGAGGAUGUGGGCGGCCCCGAGGACAGACAGAAGGAUGUUCAGCCUGAUUUCAGCACCGACACCAAAUCGCCACCAGAGGAGCCACUGGACCAAUGUGAGCCACCUGCAGCUGACCACCCUGAACAGAAGGAACUCUCAUCCCCAGAUUUGUGCCUGGAGAAACCCCAGCUCAGCUCCAGUGUGACCGUCAAUGUUUGUAAAGAACAUAUGUCAAUGGAGCUCUCCGUAAUUUCAGUUAAAAACAAGGAUCCUGAAGCCUGCGACACCGGCAGUGACGACACAAAGCCAGCCGUCGUCCCAAACAGCAUGUUCAUCUUUAAACCAGAGAACUCUGUGCGGCGAGCCUGUCACUAUGUAGUGAACUUCAGGUAUUUUGAGCUGACCAUCUUGUUGGUCAUCGCUGCCAGCAGCAUUGCUCUUGCUGCUGAGGACCCCAUCGCCACAACAUCAGACUGGAAUAAGGUUUUGCGCUAUUUCGAUUAUGUGUUCACUGGUGUUUUUACAUUUGAGAUGAUAAUCAAGAUGAUCGACCAGGGCCUGAUUCUCCACGACGGCUCCUACUUCAGAGACCUGUGGAACAUUCUGGACUUUAUUGUUGUCUUUGGAGCUCUCGUGGCUUUUGCACUUACAAAUGUGAUGGGAAAUAAUAAAGGCCGUGACAUUAAAACCAUCAAAUCCUUGAGAGUUCUGCGAGUACUUAGACCACUGAAGACCAUCAAGAGACUGCCCAAACUCAAGGCCGUCUUUGACUGUGUGGUGACGUCUCUCAAAAACGUCUUCAACAUCUUAAUUGUCUAUAAACUUUUCAUGUUCAUCUUUGCUGUGAUCGCGGUGCAGCUUUUCAAAGGAAAGUUUUUUUAUUGCACCGACAGUUCCAAGGCCACAGAGAAGGACUGCCAGGGUUACUACAUCGACUACGGCAGAGAUAAGAAGGAGGUGAAGGAGCGAGACUGGAGACGACAUGACUUUCACUACGACAACGUCAUCUCGGCUCUGCUCACUCUUUUCACGGUGUCUACAGGAGAGGGAUGGCCUCAGGUGCUGCAACACUCAGUGGAUGUGACAGAGGAAGACAAGGGUCCAAGUCACAGCAACAGAAUGGAAAUGUCCCUCUUCUACGUCAUCUACUUUGUGGUCUUUCCGUUCUUCUUUGUCAACAUAUUUGUAGCUCUCAUCAUCAUCACCUUUCAAGAGCAAGGCGACAAGAUGAUGGAGGAGUGCACCCUAGAAAAAAACGAGAGAGCUUGUAUUGACUUUGCCAUCAGUGCAAAACCCCUGACCCGUUACAUGCCCCAGAAUCGCCACUCGUUCCAGUACAGACUGUGGCAUUUUGUGGUGUCGCCAUCUUUUGAGUACACAGUGCUGGCUAUGAUCGCCCUCAACACCAUUGUCCUUAUGAUGAAGUAUUACUCUGCCCCACCGGCCUAUGAGGCUGUUCUGAAGCACCUGAACACUGCCUUCACUGUGCUCUUCUCUGUGGAGUGCAUACUCAAGAUCUUGGCAUUUGGUUUUCUGAACUACUUUAAAGAUACUUGGAACAUCUUUGACUUUAUUACCGUCCUGGGCAGCAUCGCAGAGAUCAUCAUUGACUUUCAGUUUGAGGACUCACUCAACAUGAGUUUCUUAAAGCUGUUUCGUGCAGCUCGUCUCAUUAAACUGCUGAGACAGGGUUACACCAUCCGUAUUCUGCUCUGGACCUUUGUGCAGUCCUUCAAGGCUCUGCCUUAUGUCUGUCUUCUCAUAGCCAUGCUCUUCUUCAUCUAUGCUAUAAUUGGGAUGCAGGUAUUUGGGAACAUAAAGCUAAAUGAAAAGACCCAUAUCAACCGGCACAACAAUUUUCAUACUUUCUCCAGUGCCCUGAUGCUGCUGUUUAGGAGUGCUACAGGGGAGUCCUGGCAGGAGAUCAUGCUGUCGUGCCUCUCGGUGAUCAUGGAUAACUUUGAGUACCUCACAAGAGACUCGUCCAUCCUGGGUCCUCACCAUCUGGACGAGUUUGUUCGUAUAUGGGGAGAGUAUGACCGUGCUGCCUGUGGAAGGAUCCACUAUAAGGAGAUGUACAAAGUUGUACGCACUAUCUCACCUCCUCUGGGCUUUGGAAAGAACUGCCCCCACAGGGUGGCAUGCAAGAGAUUAGUCCUGAUGAACAUGCCUGUGGAUGAGGACAUGACUGUUCACUUCACAUCCACACUCAUGGCUCUGAUCCGCACUGCACUGGAGAUUAAGAUAGCCAGAGGAGGUGAGGACCGAAACCAAAUGGACCUGGACCUCCAGAAAGAGAUCGGUGUCAUCUGGCCUCAUUUAUCUCCAAAAACAAUUGACGUUCUUGUGCCCAUUCAUAAAGCCAGUGACAUGACAAUCGGAAAGAUCUAUGCUGCUAUGAUGAUUAUGGACUUCUACAAGCAAAACAAAGCCAAGAAGCUUCGCCAGCAGCUGGAGGAGCAGAAACAUGCUCCAAUGUUCCAGCGCAUGGAUGCCUCCUCUCUGCCUCAAGAAAUCCUAUGCAACGCCAAGUCCCUGUCCUUCAUGCAUCACAGCGCAGGAUCUGCUCUUACCAGAGGAGGUUUCGUAGCCCUCAGUCCGGUUUCUCCACAAGAAAUGUUCCUUCAGCCACUGUCCUGUUCCAGAGAGCUGAAGAAAGAGGAUGAGUACCAUUCCCCUUAUCACCCAUAUCCACAGCUGCACUAUCAUCAUUUGCACACACUGGCUCCUGAUGCUGUAGAAUACAACAAUGCAAUACAACAGGCCAAACAGGAGCCAGCUUGUCUGAAAUGCCCUCAGCGCACAUCCUCGAUCAGAGCAUCUUCCAUGCCAAGACUGGCUGUUGAUGCGCAGUCUGCGGAUGGUAAGCUGCUGAAGCGUUCCUUUUCCACCAUUGGUGAUGAGUGUGUGAAUGGUUUGUGGCAAGAACAACAUUCGUUGGAGAGAGUUAGUCCUGACAGCACUUACAAGCCACGCCAAAGAAGUUACAGAGGCCCUAGAAGCAACCACAAAGAAGUCAUGAGUAACGAGAGGGGUCGCUCUAGGGAGAGGCGACACUUACUGUCCCCUGAUGUUUCUCGAUGCAAUUCUGAAGAGGGAAAUAGCCGGGACCCAUCAAGUGAAGGUCCACCAUCACGUUCACCAAGUGAGGGCAGUUCCAGUGCUACUCAGACGCAGGUACAUUCUGGCUGUCCUGCCCUCUCUGCCUCAGAGUCCUCUACUCCUCGAAAUCGACGACAGCUUCCACAAACUCCAUCUCGCCCUCGGCCUUACAUAAACUACUCCCCUCUGGUAUGCAGGCCCACAGCACCCCCUGCACCUGUACCCCCAUGUGAGGGACCCAGCCAGCCUCAGGACGCCCCUACAGACACCCCGGCACAGAAAGAGUUGACCUCACUUGGGCCAUGUGGAGAUCAUACUUCACUUUCAGGCCCAAGUCAUCCCUCCCCUCACCGCUACAUCUCUGAGCCACAUCUCCCCCUUUACCACGACCUCAGCAAGGGUGAGGCAGCAGAGGGCACACUCACCUUUGAGACUGCAGUAGCUAGCAGCCUGGGCCGGGCCAAUGCUAUCAGCUCUGCUCCACAGCUCAGACACUCAUGGCAAAUCCCAAACGGUCAUUUCAGGAAGCACUUGGGACAGGCUGGACCAACAGGUGCGACUGAGCUCAGUGACACAGAUGAGGACGAUCGCUGCUAA